CGAUCCCAUCAUCCUCUCUGCCCCCCAUUCUUAAAUCGUUUUAAGAAAGCGGCGCUACGCUGCACGAUCCUCCCGGAAUUUGGAAAGGAAGUGAGAAAGAAAAAGAGAGAGAGUGUGUGAGAUCGAAAGGGACGGAGGGGAGGAGCAGGAGGAGCCGAGGCUGGCGGGGCGCCUGGUAUGAACUUAGAAGGCAGCGGCAACAACAGCAGCAGCAGCGGCCGCGGCGGCAGCAGCAGCAGCAGCUACAGCAGCAGCAUCGAAGGCGGCGGCAUGAGCUCGGUGAGCUGCGGCAACGGGAAACUCCGCCAGUGGCUGAUCGAGCAGAUUGACAGCGCUAAAUACCCGGGCUUGAUAUGGGAGAACGAGGAGAAGAGCAUCUUUCGCAUCCCCUGGAAGCACGCGGGCAAACAGGACUACAACCGCGAGGAAGACGCCGCUCUCUUCAAGGCCUGGGCUCUGUUUAAAGGGAAGUUCAAAGAAGGCAUUGAUAAACCAGAUCCUCCCACUUGGAAGACGAGACUCCGUUGUGCUUUGAACAAGAGCAAUGAUUUUGAAGAACUGGUUGAAAGAAGCCAACUGGACAUAUCAGAUCCAUAUAAAGUAUAUAGAAUAGUACCGGAAGGAGCAAAAAAAGGAUCAAAACAACUUAGCAUGGAAGAUCCACAGAUGAUUAUGAACAACGCUUUCACUCUGAAUUCAUCAUAUUCUGCACUACAGCCUCAGGUUCCAAACUACAUGGUACCUCAUGACCGUAACUGGAGGGAAUAUGUACCAGACCAGUCCCAUCCUGAUCUUUCAUACCAGUGUACAAGUGUCUCUUUUCCACCUCGUAAUCAUCACUGGCAAAGUCCGUCAUGUCAGAAUGUAGGUUGUCAAGUAACUGGGACUUUUUAUGCUUGUGCGCCACCUGAGACACAGACUUCUGGAAUCCCAAUAGAGGGAAACAUCAGAACUAGUGAAGCUCUUCCCUUGUCAGAUUGUCGAUUGCACAUCUGUUUGUAUUAUCAUGAAACUCUUGUAAAAGAAGUCACAACUUCAAGUCCUGAGGGCUGUAGGAUAUCUCACGGUCAUAGCUAUGAGAUCAGCGGCAUGGACCAAGUUAUGUUCCCUUAUCCAGAAGACCAUAACCAGAGAAAAACGACUGAAAAAUUGCUUUCUCACCUGGAAAGAGGAGUAAUACUCUGGAUGACCCAUGAUGGCCUCUAUGCUAAGAGACUUUGUCAAAGCAGGAUAUAUUGGGAUGGGCCUUUGGCAUUCUGCAGUGACCGGCCUAACAAACUGGAAAGAGAGCAGACGUGCAAGCUUUUCGAUACUCAGAAAUUUUUAUCAGAACUACAAAUAUUUGCCCACCAUGGACGUCCAUUACCUAGAUUCCAGAUUGUGUUAUGUUUUGGAGAAGAGUUUCCUGAUCCACAAAGACAGAGAAAACAAAUUACAGCCCAUGUUGAACCAGUGUUUGCUAGGCAGCUGUACUAUUUUGCACAGCAAAACACCGGACCUAUUCUGAGAGGCUACGAUAUAUCAGAACAGAUAACUACUUCAGAAGAUUAUCAUAGAUCCAUCCACCAUUCCUCUGUUCAGGAAUAAACACAGGAACACGGAAGUUUGAAUUACAUUUGGAGAGGCAAAAGAAUGCAAAUCAGUGCUUCAAAUUUUCCCGAGAAAUCAUCACCAACUGGAAAUGUACACGGAAUGGAUGUCAGCGUUCCGGAAAACCCCCUCUUCAAGUAAAGACUCCGAAGCAAGCAUCUUUCAAAGUUCUUUUACUAGGAUAGGUAAACUGGCACAACUGGGGAAAUCCGAAUCUGAGGGAUCCGGGUCUUCCCUCAGUGAAACACACUCCAAAACCACCACCCCGACCCCUCUGCCGAUCACAUGCUCCAAUCGCCAACCGUCCCAUCUCAAGACAUCACUCCGACUACUCCUUCUCCAGAUGCAGGCUCGGCCUGACCUUGACCGGCAGGAAGAAUGUUACUAUAAUUCUAUGUAUUCUAUAUAUUAUUCUAAUGGCCCCUUCUACCAAAUCCCCCCUCCUACUUUCCCACACAGGAGAAAGUGGCAGCGCGGAAGCCUUCGGCCUAGUAUGGCUUCCAAAGCUGACAAUGGAUACAGUCAACGUAAGAAUCUAGAAUCCCGAAUGAGAGUUCUGCCGUGCUUUUGGAAAGCUGUCCUCUGCUUGUGGGAUUAAUGAAAAAAUGGCUGAUAUGUUUACAUGUUCUUAAAUAAGGACAGUGUCUUAGAGACAACCUGAAAUUAUUUCAAGCCUCUUGUUAUUUAUUUGAUUUGAAAUCUCAGGGCAGGAAAUUCUAAACCUAAGUAAGAGUUUACAAUGGUGUAAGGCCAUAAAAAUGUAUAUUAUUCAUAAAAAAGGGAUAAGUAUACUUUCUUAAAAAAAGCUUCAAACAAUUGAAAUAUUGAAUGCUGUGUAUGUCGAAAAGUUAAUUUCAGACUUUUUCCCCCCUCAUAAAUGUUAAAAAAGCUGUUUCUGUUGCUGCUGUUUCUGAAAUGCGCAUGGAUACUAAAUUCUGUGGAGUCUAUCAGAAAUCUUCCCAGGACAACGUGUUAUAUCAUUGUCCAAUAUUUAUAUCAUUACAUCAUUUAAUUUGUAUUAAAUUCAAUAGGCUAAGUUUAUUCAUAGCAACUGUUACGCUGAGGUUUCAUUCUUAUAUAGACCAGAGAGUGAUUUUCAGCUGGACUUAACUUUGCCUCCUACAAUGCUGUAUAGAGGUCAUGGAACUGACAGUAUUAUCCAUCUAGCAGUCUUCAGGCUGAGAAAAUGAACGUAUUAGACAUGUUGACCAAUUUAGUGCAUUGAGACUUAUAUUUGAAUAUUUAAGUUUGCACAAGUAAAGAGUGAAUGUGUAAAAACUGAGAGCCAAUUUGGUCUAGUGGUUAAGGCACCAAGCUAGAAAGUGGGAAACCAUGAGUUCUGAUUCUACCUUAGGCAUGAAAACCGGUUGGGUGACUUUGGGCCAGUCACACACUCUCAGCCCAACCCACCUCACAGGGUUGUUGUUGUGGGGAAAAUAGGAGGACGAAGGAGUAUUUGAUAUGUACGCCAUCUUAACUUAUGUGUAAAAAUAAUAAUGGCAGAAUAAAAAUAUAUAAAAUUAAAAAAAAAGUUAAAUUGAGAUUGCACAUUGUGCUAUGUUUUGCUUUAAUAGGAUUGCACAUUGUGCUAUGUUUUGCUUAACUGUAGUUUAUUGAGAAAACCACAUUUUUCAUUAACUAUGCUUCAUGCCUAUGCCAAACCACAACAAACCACCCCAUGAUGACUUAGGUCUGAACAAGCUUGAUGAACUAAUUUAAACAUAUUAUAGGGGACUUUAAUCUGAAUAGUCAAACAGUGCUUGGACAUAGUUGACCUUAUUUCGGAGGGUUAAUGUGCAGAUGUAAAGAGUAAUUGUGGACCACUUGUGUACUGUUCUAAAUGGUGUAUAGAAGAAUAGAUGGAACUUGUUUUCUACUUAAAAAUAAAGGACUUUUAGGUUUUUUUGAGGUACAUAUUCAGCAGUCUUCUUCAAUCUGUUGGGCUCAGUUGAUUUAGACUAGAGUUCUUAUCGCCCCUGGGGUGGGAAAACUGAGGUUACAGUUUGAAAAGCAAAGAUAACUUUUGGAUCAAGGAAGAACACUCAAUAUGAUCUCAUUCUCUUAAAAAUAGUGGCAGGUAUUUCAGUAUCCACUACUGAAAGAUUUCUACCUUGUAAUUAAAAAUAUACUGAACUUGAAUAUUUAAUCAGGGACAUAUUGUACAGUUCGUUAGUCAGUUGGCACUAGGUUCCUGAAUUUAUACAUCUUAAAGAUGCAUGAUGCCUUGGGAUAUAAUAUCCAUUUCUUUCUUCUCCCAGAAAAUUCCUUAUUAUCUGACACAUUCUUUCCUGGAUAUAGUUAGUUACAGGCCUUAGCACAUAUUGGGAGUAAACAAAUUGAAUUCAAUGGAAGUUAUAUCUCAAUAAACAUGGAUAGGUUGCACUAUUAAUUCUUUUUAAGCUUGGAAAAUGGUAAUGAUAACUCCACAUAGCUCUUUGAAUCUUUUCAUGUUUGUUUGUUUGAUGGUUUCUUUGAUAUGUCAAUAUACAUUAUUAAUCCAUUUAGGCUACAAGCCUUAUUCCUAUACGCCUAUAUACUUACAAUAUUUCUUGUGGUCUUGGCAUUUAGUUUCUCAUAUUGGCUGCUUCAUGUAAUUAUAUAUCAGAAUGAUACCUGAUAUGCCAAGUAUCAAGCUCAGACUGUUUAUAGUUUCAGGGGUUUGAUUAUCACACUUUGUAUUAUAUGUAAGAGAGAUUUAUGUAA